CACAAUUUUCGACAAGCAAUUUUACAUUUUCAGUACACACACUUUUCCAUCUACAACAUCCAAAACAAUAACCAAAACCUACAUAUGGUUGGCCCAAAAAUGCCGCUAAGGCAUUAAACAAUGAAGGUAGGAAUGGAAAUUCACCGAUAGAUCCAACGCAGGAAAAUCAGUUGAUUUCAUAAUUUAACAGCUAUAAAAUACCAUUAAAAAUUAAGCAACAAUUGAGACAUUUUGGCCUGGCAAGUUUUCUGGCAGUAUAUUUCUUCAUCCCCUUUCGAGGACUUAGAUGACUGUGGAAUGCCCUUGAAGUCUCGCUUUGUGUCCAAAAACCCAUCACCAUGGCCAUGCGAUUAAACGUCGCUCAAAAGGCAAUGGUCCCAUGUCCCUUACCCACACAGCAGCGGCAGCAACAACAGCAGCCAGCAUUGCCCAUAUCCCUUCCCGUCACGUAUCCCUUUAUGGACGCACAGCAGUUGCAGCGGUACUACCUCGCCCGGAUGCAACAGCCGCAGCCCCAAUUGGGGCCCAAUAUGUUCGUACAGCCGUGGUACAUCUGCCAGCAGCCGCAGUGCCAGAGCUACGGCUACUGCUUUGGGAUGCAGAUGCCACCAAAUGGCCUUGUGCCUCAGACCUAUAGUGCCCCACCAACAACAGCCUCCUUACAGUCCGCAGGAACGUUGGCCAACAGCACAGGGAAUCGCAGGGCCACUGGACAGAUACGGUCCAUUCCCAAAGUUCAAAUCCAAACACCAGAAAGCCACAGCCGCACCCCUGCCGGAGGCAGGACCUACAACCAGUGCAAUAUGCCGCUUCCAGAGACCGCCUGCGGCUGGUGUGGCAGCCUCAACAGCUUCGAGACGGACGCCAGAGCAAAGUUUGGGGCAAGCAGCAUAAACCCCGCUUCCAAUCCCCAAAUCCAUGAAGAGUGGAGAAGAGAACAGCAGCAGCAUCAGCAGCAGCCAAAACAGUUGAUAAAGGAUCCCCAAAGGGAUUCACUAAAGGAUUUCCCUGACCAUCCUCAUAGAGAAGAGCUAUCGAGCAAUUCCAAAAGAGAACAAACGGUUGAUACAGAGAAUCAUUCCGGAAUCGAUUCUAAGAAGGAGCAAAGGAAAGAUCCCUCCUCCAAGAAUCACCACAAAAAGGACCUCAAACCGAAGAAGCUCAGGGCGGGCAGCGACAGCGCUUUGGGCAGUGUUGCCAACAGUUUCAUCAAGCGCCUGGGCGAAAUUAUGCGACACACCACGAAGCGAAAACAACCCAAGGCCAAGCCACAGGCGAAGUCAACACCAAACAUCUCCCCAGGCUCCUCGAUCGUCGGUUCAGAGUCCUCGCGGCAGCCACCUCACAAGCCGAGUUUCAUUAAGCGUCUCUUUGGCGAGGUGCGCGACAACGAGGUGUCCUUCCAUGCGCAAUCCAAUCACCAAUCAAGGUGUAACAUACACUAUCCCACGAACCGGUCUUCGGAUAGUGUGGAGCAGACAGAGGCCUUCCAGUCGCUGAGAAGAAAGCAACAGAUUGCAGCCAAGGGUCCCUAUAAAAAGUCAACACAGUAGCAGCGACAGAUUCAAUAGAUUUCAAACCU